GGGUUGUGAGUUGAAAAGCCUGAACGAUCCCGCGGAACACACAGCCAUAUGGUCACCUGAAUGUAUGGCCUGCUCAAAAAGAGUUUGGAGUUGGCUGUAGAAUUCAUCCCCAUGAUGAAACAAAAACAUAACUGGACCUCUUUUUUAAUUUAUUUUUUUACUUCUAUAUACCACAAAUCUGCGCUGCUAUUACCUGGUUUUAUAAAGGCGUCUGCCAAAUAAAUAGAUUCAGCGUGGCUGGCAUGAAAAGGCCGGGUGGUGGCGCAUACCUGGAGUGGGACCGAUCCCGAUCAGAAGCCCGGGGGUGGUUUCCAUAGUGAGGAGUUUUGGAACUGCAGUCCAGGAGGGCGAGCGAGCGACUUCCUGCUCAGGAGUCCUGAUCGUUUUCACGAGAAAUGUAUUCAAGAAAACAAACUACAAUGUAAGCAACAUGGAUUCAGAUGUUUAAAAACAAGGUCAUGUGUACCUCUGAGCUUUCCAAGAAUAUAUCCCCAUUUGAAACCCCAACUGGACCGCAUGCACAGAAACACAGUAAAAUGAAUUCCGAUGCGGAACACAACGCUGCGAUUAAGCUUGCCCAGGAAAGAGAUGAAAUAGUAUCCAAGUACGACAAGGGAAGAGAUGGAGCAACUGUGGAACCCUGGGAGGAUGCCAACUACCACCUCUACAAAGUCACAGACAGAUUUGGAUUUUUACAAGCGAAUGAGCUUCCAACGUAUGAUUCAGUGGAAGAGAAGCAAAAACUUCAAGAAAUUGAGAGAACUACAAAAUGGUUGAAAAUGAUGAAGAGCUGGGAUAAAUACAACAACAGUGAAAAGCUUAUGAGAAGAAUAUAUAAGGGAAUCCCAAUUCAGCUUCGAGGGGAGAUCUGGAGUUUGCUUCUUGAUAUACCAAAAAUUAAAGCUGAGAAGAAGGAUUUUUACGAGAAACUAAAGCAGAGGGCAAGAGUGCUUUCACCAGAUGUCAGGCAGAUUGAUCUAGAUGUGAACCGCACGUACAGGGACCAUAUCAUGUUCAGGGAUAGAUAUGAUGUAAAGCAACAAGCGUUAUUCCAUGUUUUAACUACAUAUUCCAUGUAUAACACAGAAGUGGGAUAUUGCCAGGGAAUGAGCCAAAUCACAGCUUUGCUGCUCAUCUAUAUGAAUGAAGAGGAUGCCUUCUGGGCCCUUGUGAAACUUCUGUCUGGUCAAAAACAUGCAAUGCACGGGUUUUUUGUUCCUGGAUUUCCAAAGCUACUGAGGUUUCAAGAACACCACGAAAGGAUUUUGAAGAAGAUGAUGCCUAAACUUAAGCAACACUUGGACAGCCAAGAUGUUUUCACCAGCCUUUACACCAUGAAGUGGUUCUUUCAGUGCUUCCUUGAUAGAACUCCCUUUACUUUAACUCUAAGGAUAUGGGAUAUCUACAUCCUAGAAGGAGAGAAAAUCCUUACAGCCAUGUCUUACACUAUCCUUAAACUCCACAAAAAGCACCUGAUGAAGCUGUCAAUGGAAGAGCUAGUGGGGUUCCUUCAGGAAACACUGUCCAAAGAUUUUUUCUUUGAUGAUGACUUUGUGAUAGAUCAGCUUCAGAACUCCAUGUCAGAGCUAAAACGGUCAAAGUUAGAACUGCCACCACCAGGUAAAGAGGAUGAAAUUCCUAAGAAGCCACUGGGGCAGAUGCCACCAGAGCCACAGCCUGUUGUCUCAAAUCAUAUUGUCAAUGGGCAGAGCAACAGUGCUAAGUCAGAAGUGCACUCUCACAUGAGGAAAAAGUCCUCUCCAGAGAGAGACAAGGAGAAACCUUCCAGAGAAAGGAAGGGGAGAAAGGACUCGCUUGAAAGAUCCACAGCUAAGCAACAAAAAUCUGAUAAACAUGAAGGCCAGGCUCGAGGUUCUUCAGAAGCAGAACUUCAUAAACAACAUGGUGUACCAGCACCUCAGACUUCAGGUCAGGACAGCCAUAGACAGUUUAACAAUGUAACGGCUAACCAUAACUUGAAUGCUAUUUCAAGCACAAGGAAAGACUUUGCACCCAGAUGGAAUAAACCUUCUGAAAUGAAACUUGUGGAAGUAACUGCAAAGGCUGCUGCUGAUGGUAGGAGUAGGGCUGUGAACUACAACAUUCCAAGGUUGUCCAGUCCUGAUGAGUCACAGAUGUUUUUGGUGAGGCCAAAGACUAGAGGUUUGAUUGUUGAUGAAACCAAGAGGGGGUCCAAUGCAUCACAGUAUGAUAAUGUUUCUGGAGCUGAACACGACUUUGAAAACCGUGUCGAUAUACUGCUGGAAAGGUCCAUUUCACGCAGUCCAAGAAAUGAGUCAACUUUUAUCAAUCCGUCACUGAAAUCUGCUAGUCCAACAAAAAUGUUGAACAACACCAGUGUUGGUGGUCAACAGAGAUCUCACAUGCACACAGUACAGUUUGAUAGUCCAGACCAAAGAUCCCAUGGGAAACCUCCCCUAUCUUAUUCUAUUCCUCCUGGUUAUCAUGGAAACUCUCCAACUCGAGCACAGUACAACUACAGCAUUGAUGUCAGGCCUGACAACAGACAAUAUGGUACCAUGCUGCCCACUGCUGCAGACCUAUCUCAUGAAAAGACAUAUAUGAACUCCUACCCUAUUAAUAGCUAUCAGUUUUCCAGCUCUUCCCAGGCCAAUCGUAUUAUUGUCACCCCUGCUGACAGAAAUGCACAGUAUGAUUCUGUAAAUUCUAGCAACUAUUUAAGACAGCCUACGAAGUUAACUGGUGUGCCAGUGUACCCACAAGUGGACAAUAUGCAAGAAAACAGGAAGCGACUAGACCAGAUUUCUGCAUACAGACAGGAGCACCAUGGGCGGCAAUGGAGUCAGGAGUUUGAUGCUCGGUACAUGGGAAAUAUGCCAAGGUCACCAAACUUUCAAAGGGCACAGAUGGCCCCGGUUCAAGAGUUUAACUUUUCUGCUGCAUCUAUAGAUGCUUCACUUCGAUAUAGGACUCCAUAUCCAGAACCACCAACUCCGAGCAGACAGCUGCAUCAAACCUUUUUGAAUACACACCACCACAGAUAUCCUACAGAUGGGCGUUCAGCGCAAGAAUCGGCGCUACUGUGAAGAAUCAUUGGGUCCCAGUAUCGCUAUAAAGCAAAGGCAAACAGUAAUCAUAGUGGCUUUAUUAUGUUUACAAGCAACAUGCUCAUCUUAUAAUUACGUGACACAACACAGUCAUUUAGUGUGAGCAAGAUAUUUUAAGUAACUAUAGAGGUAAUGUGUCAUAGUAAAUUCAUAGUUGGAAACAAUUUUAUCUAAAAUGUGGUUAGAAUAUUUUCAACAAUUGUAUGUGCAUUAUUGCUGCUGUUUUCUGCUUGUGUAAAUUUAUUUAUUGUUUGCCUUUUCUUUAAAUUCUGUUUGACUGUAAGGAAUAUUCAGAUAUGUGCAGUUAUAUUUUAAUUUGACGCAUUUAGUUUUCUUACUGCUUUUGUAAAAUUCACACUUGGCAACACUACAUUGCACCAUUUUUAUAUAACUGAAUAUAUUUUAUUUUAACUGAGGAAUUUAUUUUCUCCCCACAAUAUCUUUCAUCCAAGAGUGGUAUGUCUCUUAAAUCUAUUUUUUUUUUUUUUGUUUGUUUGUUUUUUUAAUUUAGUGCAUAUAGCUCGGGCUAAUGCCCAAUUCUGUUGGCUGACAUGAUGUAUCACCCACCCAGUAAACUUUUAGUGAUGUUCAGGAAGGGUGCCUCUCAGUUGAACGAAUGAUAAUAUGGUACAUGGGGGGCAUUUUCAUUUUUACCAUUUUUUAUGUAAAAUAAAAUGGAAAUUUUAACCCAAUGUUUAUUAAUAUGUUAAAGAUUGUAUUUCAUCAAUUUAGAUUGUAACAGCAAAAUACAAUAAGUUCAUUCCUCACUAAUUUAAAAAAAAAAAAAAAAAAAAAAAAAACAGCUUAAUGAUGUGGUAAAAAUCAAAUUGGCAAAACAGCUUUAACUUGUUUUUGUUGUUCAUAAAUGGAGGGGGUAAAAUAUUUACUGUGUAGAGCAGAUGUAAGGUAGCUAAUGUAUCUAUUCCCAAAUGGGGG